CAAGAAAGCUCUCCGACCUAAGUCUGUCCCAAAGAAACACAGAAGCAGACCCAGAGCAAAACAAGGUCCGAAUAUAGAAAAUUGGAUAGUUCAAGGUGCAAGAGAUCAUGCAAGUGCCGGAAGCCAACAUGUUUCUGGGAUAACAUAUAAUAAUGACAUUAAAAAUUAUUACACAGACAACAUAUUUCACGCAACACCCGAGGGACUGUCUGAGUCUCUAUCUGCCAGAGACAGAAGAAGAGCUCCAAAUAUUGAACACCAUGGGACAUCAUCUCGGCGAGAUACCAUCAUUCAAAAACACCCAAAUCAAAUGUUCAACAAAGCUUGCUUUGAGGGAAAUAAUAGUCGAGUGAAACAACUCAUAUCCAAAGGAGAAGUGGAUAUCAAUAACGUAAGCCCGGGAGGAUUUACACCCGCGAUGAUUGCAGUAUCUAAAGGACACAAAAAAGUUUUCAAUACUUUGCUGAAAGAAAAGUGCGAUCUUUCAUUGAUGUUAGAUAAUGGUGAAGAUAUACUUCAUGUGGCAUGUUCUGGCAGCAAUGCUGAUAUUGUCAAAGGGUUGGUUUCAAAUGGGGAAAUAAGUCUUGAGAGAAAGGACCUAUCAGGUAGAACUCCGCUGAUGAAAGCAGCAUGCAGUGGAAAUAAGAAAGCAUUUGACUUACUAGUAGAUGAACACUGUAGUUUGUCAGCAAUAGAUUAUAACGGGAACAACAUGCUUCAUGCUGCGUGUUCUGGUGGGUCCGUGUAUAUCGUAAACUAUCUCCUGAAUCAUAAGGUAGCUGGCACAGAGAGUAGAGGUGAAGAUGGGGAGACCCCAGUGAUGGUGGCAGCAAGGAACGGACAGAAGCAAGUGUUUGAUCUUCUUGUUGAGAAACGAUGCAACCUGUCAGUUGUGGAUGAUCUAGGUGGCACUGUUCUCCAUGUUGCAUGUUGUAGUGACAGUGUGGAUAUAGUCACAUACCUUCUGUCAAAUAAGAUAGUCGACAUUGAGAGCCGAGGUGAGGAUGGGUUAACGCCAGUAAUGUGCGCGGCAAUGGAAGGGCAGACCAAGGUGUUCAAUGCACUGGUACGUCAGGGGUGUGACCUUUCUGUGGUUGAUGAUGAGGGUGAAAAUAUCCUGCAUGCAGCUUGUUACAGUAACAAUGUCAUGAUCGUUAACGACAUCCUUUCACAGAAGUUAGUUGACAUCAACAGUAAAUGUGAUGAUGGAGACACGCCGUUGAUGGUGGCAGCACGAGAAGGCAAUAGGAAAGUCUUUGAUCUUCUCCUUUCAAACGACUGUGACCCCUUGGAGGUUUGUGAUAGUGGAAACAUCCUUCAUGCUGCAUGUCUCAGCAAUGAUGCAGUGUUAGUCAAAGACAUUUUGUUACGUGGUUUUGCAGACAUUGAGAGUAGAGAUGAGAAUGGAGCAACGCCAGUGAUGUUGGCAGCUGUGGCAGGUCAGAAGAAAGUAUUUGAUCUUCUUGUGGGUGAGGGGUGUAGCUUAAACGUAAAAGACGAAGAUGGUUGCAAUAUUCUCCAUGCCGCUUGCAGUAGUGACAAUGUAGAGAUUGUUGAAUAUGUCCUAUCACGAAAGAUAGCCGACAUUAACAGCAGAGACUCGAACGGGCUCACGCCUGUUAUGACAGCAGCAGAAAAUGGCCGUAGGAAAGUGUAUGAUUUCCUUGCUCGGAAAGGAUGUGACCUGUCUGUAAAAGAUAACAUGGAGAAUACUAUUCAGCAUGCAGCGUCUGUCAGUGAUAAUGGUACUUUAGUUAACUGCAUUCUUUCACGUGAGAUAGCUGACACAGAGAGCAGAGGGGAAAAUGGGGAAACACCCGUUAUGGUUGCGGCAGUCAAUGGUCAAAAGAAGGUGUUUGAUCUGUUGGUGCAAAAAGGGUGUGAUCUUUCUGUGAGGGAUGAUUAUGGGAACAACAUUCUUCAUGCAGCUUCCUUGGGCGGUGACGUUCAAAUUGUUGAGUACCUCCUAUCCCGUGACUAUCUCCUGUCUCGAAAUAUUAUUCAUAUUGACAGCAUAAAUGACAGAGGCUGGACACCAGUGAUGUUAGCAGCUGUGAAUGGACAACAGGACGUUUUUGACCUGCUGGUGAAAAACGAAUGUGAUCUGAAGGUGUCUACUAAGGACAAUAUCAACAUGCUACAUGCUGCGUCUUAUGGAGGCAAUGUUCAGAUUGUUGAGAGUAUUCUUUCACGUAAAGUAGCUGACAUGGAGAGCAGAGGAGAAAACGGUGCAACACCGGUGAUGGUGGCUGCACAGAAUGGACAGAGGAAAGUCUUCGAUCUGCUGGUGAGGAAAGACUGCGAUUUGUCAGUGGAAGAUGACUCAGGUAGCAACAUACUCCAUUAUGCUUGCGUAAGUGACAAUGUCCAGAUUGUGGAAAGUAUUCUUUCACUUAAAGUAGCUGACAAGGACAGCAGAGGAGAACAUGGUGCAACACCGGUGAUGGUGGCUGCACAGAAUGGACAGAGGAAAGUCUUUGAUCUGCUGGUGAGGAAAGGCUGCAAUUUGUUAGUGGAAGGUGACUCAGGUAGCAACAUACUCCAUUAUGCUUGCGUAAGUGACAAUGUCAUGAUCGUUAACGACAUCCUUUCACAGAAGUUAGUUGACGUCAACAGUAAAUGUGAUGAUGGAGACACGCCGUUGAUGGUGGCAGCACGAGAAGGCAAUAGGAAAGUCUUUGAUCUUCUCCUUUCAAACGACUGUGACCCCUUGGAGGUUUGUGAUAGUGGAAACAUCCUUCAUGCUGCAUGUCUCAGCAAUGAUGCAGUGUUAGUUAAAGACAUUUUGUUACGUGGUUUUGCAGACAUUGAGAGUAGAGAUGAGAAUGGAGCAACGUCAGUGAUGUUGGCAGCUGUGCAGGUCAGAAGAAAGUAUUUGAUCUUCUUGUGGGUGAGGGGUGUAGCUUAA